ACUUGAGACACAGACACUUCACAUAUAUAACCAACAAAUUAUUUUAUUCCAAAACCCGCACAAAAACACACACACACACACAACGAAAUCUUCGAUUCAAAUCGAUCUCUCUCUGAUAUGGCGGAGACUACCGGCGGCGAGAAUCCACAGAAAAACGUAGUGGAAGAAGUUUCUAGAAUCUCCGAGCUCGCUAAGGAGCUACAGGAAUCGUCGGCGUCGUUAAUCUCGCGUUCAUCGUCGGAGGAGGCUUCGCUCCGGCAGCGAGCCCUAACGCUCGAUUCUAAUAUCAAAAAUCUCCGUGUUUCUAUCGUUUCUUCUGUUAAACGAGGCAAUUUAGGUCCUAAAGAAGCCGAAAAAUUGGAAGAGGAGUUGCGGAGAGCUAGGUAUGUGCUGAGUGAAGGCGAUGCGGCGUCGUUUCUUCCGAGCAAAUCUCAAGGAAGUUUUUUGAGGAUGUUUAUAGGUCCUAUUAAUGUUCGUGCUACACGGAAAGAUGUUCAACUCAAAGUGAAGGAGGAAUACAAUAGUUUUAGAGAUAGAACUGCUUUGUUGUUUCUCGUUUUCCCGACAUUACUACUUUGCUUAAGGUCAUGGAUUUGGGGUGGAUGUUUACCUGCAUUGCCAGUGCAACUUUACCAGUCUUGGUUACUAUAUCUAUAUACAGGUUUGGCUUUGCGAGAGAAUAUACUGAGAUUAAAUGGAAGUGAUAUUCGUCCAUGGUGGAUAUAUCAUCACUACUUUGCAAUAGUUAUGGCACUCAUCAGUCUGACGUGGGAGAUAGGACGCCAGCCUGACUGUGAGCAGAAGCAGAAAGGUGUACAACUGUUUCUGAAAUGGGCAAUAAUGCAAGGAAUUGCAAUGCUUCUGCAAAACAGAUAUCAAAGACAGAGACUCUAUACUCGUAUUGCUCUUGGCAAGGCUAAGAGGAUGGAUGUUGUGUGGGGAGAAACUGCUGGAGUAGAUGGCCAGUUAUGGUUGUUGUGCCCUAUACUCUUUACAUUACAGGGAUUUGAAGCAUAUGUUGGAGUGUUGUUGCUUCAAACCGCAGUAGUUGGUGUUGUUCCUGAGUGGCAGGUAGUUACUUGUGGAAUACUUCUGAUAGUUAUGGCCACUGGAAAUUUUGUCAACACGGUUCAGACUCUAUUGGUAAAAUCUCGGUUCAAGGCAAAGAUGAAGAAAGGUAAAAGCAAGUAAAUAUAUCGUGUGAGAUUAGAAGAGGUUUUGUGGUCGGGUGACCAAUUUUAUAGUUUGGGUCUUGGGGCAAUGGAUGUUACACUCGCUUUUUCCAAAAGCAACUCCCUACCCAUGUCACUCCUAUAUAUGCCAUACAAUGCUAUUGAUGUUAGGGAGGGUGAUUUUGGAUACCAUGAAACAGAGUUUGUUAAUUUCAAGAAAAGAAAAAGAAAUUAGACACAGUUUUGUUAUAGUUGGUCAUGAUUGUACCAAUUACUUUCUCGUAUAACAUCUGUUAUUCUUAUGCAUUAAAAUAUUGAAGUUGGUAGUUCUUUUUUUUUUUUUUAAGAGUUGGUAUCUGUUGUGAACAUGUAAAUGUAAUAACAUUUUCUGUGUGCAAUUGUUCAGGUGCUAUAAUAAUUAAUAAAGCCAAGUUUACAGUUUUUGA